GCUGCCAGGAGGUCUCUCCGCAAGUCCGCUGGGUAUCCGCGAUAUGGUGCAGAACGUUAGUCGAAUCUUGUGGCUAGCGGUAGCUGCCGUCGUCCUUAUCGAUGGAGGCCAGGGAGCCAAUAUUCUGGGGCUAUUUACCAGCCUAAGUCCCUCCCAUUUGAUCAUUCAAAUGUCGGUUGCAAAGGCCCUCGCGGAGCGGGGACAUAAUGUCACAGUGGUCUCAGUCCUGAAGCCAGACAUCACCCACAAGGACAUCAAUGUGAUUCAAGUGCCUCUGAGCAAGGAGGAUACGGAGCACCUGAGCGGACUCUUUGAGAAAAUGGGGAAGAACAACGACAAAAACAUGCUAGUCGCCAUGUUCCGUAUGUUCGGACACAUGCGCUUUAUGUUCCACAAAAUAGCCGAUGCCCUGAAGGACACGCGAGUGCGCGAUCUCUACGUGAACAAGGAUUACAGCUUCGAUCUGGUUUUGUCGGGCUUUGCCUUGAACUACUACCAGAUGGGUUUUGCUCAGAAGGUAAAAGCCCCCGUGAUCGUUGUGGCCACCUCCCAACCGUGGCUCUUGCUCAACAACUUAAUUGGCAAUCCGGAAGAGCUGUCAUAUGUCCCCGACCUUAACGAUUCGGUGGAAAAAGGAAAGGGCAUGACUUUUAGACAACGCCUCAUUAACUACCUGAUGGGCAUCGGCUAUAAGGUUUUCGCGAAAAUAACCGAAAGGCGCAACAAAAUGGUUUACAAAGAACUCUUUGGCGAUGAUCCCCACAUGCCCGAAUAUUCAGAGAUGAUGAAGAAUGCCUCCCUCGUGUUCUGUGCCUCCCACGCAAUCAGCGAGGGACCCAUACGACCCAAUGUUCCCGGUGUGAUUGAGAUUGGUGGCAUUCAAGUCAAGGACACCCCUACUCCACUGCCCCCGAACAUAGAGGAGUUCCUGGGGAAUGCCAUGGAUGGAGCCAUACUCCUCAGUCUGGGAUCCAAUGUGCAGGGAUUGCAUCUCAGCCCCGACACUGUCCAAAAGAUGUUCAAUGUCCUCUCAAAACUGAAGCAGAGGGUCAUUUGGAAGUGGGAAGAUCUGGACAAAACCCCUGGCAAAUCAGAGAACAUCCUCUACUCCAAGUGGCUUCCACAGGAUGACAUCCUCGCAUUUUCCAAGAUCAAGCUGUUCAUCAAUCACGCAGGAAAGGGAGGCAUCACUGAGGCCCAGUACCAUGGAAAGCCCAUGCUUUCGAUGCCAUUAUUUUCUGACCAGCCCGCCAAUGCUGAUGCCAUGUUCAAAAAGGGUUUUGGUCUUACUCUGAGCCUCCUAACCCUCGAGGAGCAGUCGUUCCGCGAGGCUAUAAAGGAGAUUCUGGGGAAUCCAAAGUAUUCCCUGGCAGUGUCUACGUUUUCCAAACUGUAUCGCGAUCGUCCACUCACUGCCCGGGAAUCGGUCAUCUACUGGUCCGAAUAUGUCAUCCGUCACCGUGGUGCCGCUCAUCUCCAGAGUCCUCUGGUCCACAUGAGCUUCGUAGCAGCCAACAACUUUGAUGUCUAUGCUCUUUUGGCCAUCAUUCUCGUUUUUUUCCUGCUACUGACGAAGGCUGUUAUUAAACUUAUCAACAGAGGGCUUUCCUCGAAGCCAAAAAAAGCCAAAACUCACUAAGAACUUAUCUAACAGAAUUGACUGGUCUCGGGGCAUGCAUUCUGUCCACCAAUAAGGCGUCUAGCACCUACUAAAAAUACUCCACGUGGUUGAGCUCUUUAAUGUGAGUUAAUAUACGAAAAUAAACUGAAUAAAACAAUA